AGUUUGGCGUUUCCCCUCCUCCUCCCCCACGUGGGUCCGCUCCCCGGGCAGGUCUGAAUUUCGCCGCGGAUACAAUAUCUGGAUGUCCCCAACCCGGGAUCUCAGUGGCACGCGCUGGCUUAAUGGACGAGGUCACAGUAUUUUUGGAAAUCAGGCAGGAGACGCAGAGUGGGCUGCUGAUUAUCCGCCAACUAAAGCCAGAAAGCUGGCCCAUGGAUAUUACCGUGAUGCCGUCAUUGGUGGAGCUAAAAAAUGAUGAACACUGCAAGACCAUCAACCUUCCACCAGAGGUCAGGAUUGCUCCUUCUUCCUGUCGAGGACUGCAGUAUGUGCUUGGGGAUGGAUUGCAUAUGAGACUGCUAGUUCAAGCAGGUUUCAAUAAUACAAAACUGGUACCAGCUCUGGGUGACAUCCUUAAAACCAAAAAGAAUUGUACCUUUUACUGCCAGUCUUGCUGCGAGAGUGUAAUAAACAACCGGACGUUUCUCAGAGUUCUUUCCCUUCCCGGUGAGAACUGGGGUGAUUUGGUGGAGGAAUGGUGUUGUCACCCCAACCCCUUCAAUGACAGCAUGCUUCGGCCACAAAAUGGAGACUGUUUCCUUGGGCACAAUUAUUUCCUGAUUAGUUCAGGAAGUGAACCAACUGGGCCAAGUUCUGAAAUCCCUCAUUCAGAAUGCGUGGGUGCUACUUCUAGAAGCAGUGGCUCUGUCUUGAAUUCAAAGGCUAAUAGAAGAGUAAUUUGCAGGCGCUGCAAGACAUUGUUGGGAGAGGUUCACUCCUCAGGUACAGAGUGCCACAAAAUACUAUUCACUGAAGUGUUUGUUCAGCCAUCUGAAGAAGGUUCUGACAGGGUACCAAGGUCUCCCUUUAUACAAAGUGUUGUAGCCCAGUGCCUUGAAGAGCUUUCUUCUGCUAGAAGCACAUUUAGGUUCAGCAUACAAGGAACUGAUGGGACAAUCUACAUCUUGAUGUGGCUACUAAAUUCUGACACGCUGCUGGUGGAAUCUUCAGGAACACCGGCCUGCAGUAAUAUUUUUACAGUGUUUGAACAUGAUAUGUCGUCUGAUUUGAGGCCGUUAAAGAUUCAGAAGGCUAUCAAAGUCCUUUACCACCCCUGUGUAAAAAGCAGAAAUAAGGACCUAGUCGAUUCAUGGGAAAGUGAUAUGGGAGUACAUUCUCUAACAUUUCCAUCAAAAACCUGCUUGGAAUUGCUGCUGAUACUGUCUCAGAGUAAUGCUUCGCUGCCACCUUCCCUUCGCUGGAUGAAUUCUUUCCAGGUUGCAUUUUUGAAGAUGUGAAGGAACCUGGUCUGAUCCUUUUGAAAAUAAAUUCCUGUCAAGAUAACCUUCAACUACAAAGAACUGGAUCUAAGUUACCAAGUGGGGAUGUUGUUGUUUUUUUCUGAAAGUGAUCGUGAAGUUCCUAAGCCAAAGGAAAAAAGCAGUUAAUUGUAUAUUUAACUUGCUGUUUGUUGACUUUGGAGUUUUGAGAAGUUCAAAGAAUGUGAUGGAGGCAAGUCGGUCAAGCAGAGAGGCCAAUUUUUGCAAGGCUUGAGUUCAGAGAGCAGCUUAAUUUGGGAUGUCUGGAGUCUUUGAGAUCGCUUGUGAAGAACUACUAAUUCUCCAGGGAGAAGUCAAUUAUCUUCUGCAGCAACUGAAGCUUUAAAAA